GCAGAUGCUUGUGAAGUAGCAACUUAAGUGGCUGCUUUUAUUCUGAAAUUCUCAAGCCAUCAGGCUGUGUCAAGCAAACCUUGACAGUCCGUAUCCAGGAUUUUAUCUGAGGAAUCCCAAGACGACUGGAAAAUGGGGAGACAGAGAAGUUUCAUGUCAGGGAAGGAUGAGUAUCAGUUUCAACACCAGGGAGCAGUGGAACUGCUUGUCUUUAAUUUUUUGCUCAUUCUUACCAUUUUGACAAUCUGGUUGUUUAAAAAUCAUCGAUUCCGCUUCUUGCAUGAAACUGGAGGAGCAAUGGUGUAUGAUGACAUUUGAUCCUGAAAUCUUCUUCAAUGUUUUACUGCCACCAAUUAUAUUUCACGCAGGAUACAGCCUCAAAAAGAAACACUUUUUCCAAAACCUAGGAUCUAUUUUAACAUACGCCUUCUUGGGAACUGCCAUCUCCUGUAUUGCCAUAGGGUUAAUUAUGUAUGGGUUUGUGAAGGCUAUGGUAUAUGCUGGCCAGUUGAAAAAUGGAGACUUUCAUUUCACCGACUGCUUAUUUUUUGGUUCCCUGAUGUCUGCUACAGAUCCAGUGACGGUGCUGGCCAUUUUCCAUGAACUUCAUGUUGACCCUGACCUGUACACCCUCUUAUUUGGUGAGAGUGUGUUGAAUGAUGCUGUGGCCAUAGUCCUCACAUAUUCAAUAUCCAUUUACAGUCCCAAGGAGAAUCCAAACACCUUUGAUGCUGCAGCAUUCUUCCAGUCUGUGGGGAAUUUCCUGGGAAUCUUUGCUGGCUCUUUUGCAAUGGGAUCUGCAUAUGCUGUUGUCACAGCAUUGUUGACCAAAUUUACCAAGCUGUGUGAGUUCCCUAUGCUGGAAACUGGCCUGUUUUUCCUCCUGUCUUGGAGUGCCUUUUUAUCUGCGGAGGCAGCCAGCCUAACAGGGAUAGUUGCUGUUCUCUUCUGUGGAGUCACACAGGCACAUUAUACCUACAACAAUCUAUCGCUGGAUUCCAAAAUGAGGACUAAACAGUUGUUUGAGUUUAUGAACUUUUUGGCUGAGAAUGUCAUCUUCUGUUACAUGGGCCUGGCACUGUUCACCUUCCAGAAUCACAACUUCAAUGCUCUUUUUAUACUUGGAGCCUUUCUAGCAAUUUUUGUGGCCAGAGCCCUCAAUAUAUAUCCUCUCUCCUUCCUCCUGAAUCUGGGCCGAAAGCAAAAGAUCCCUUGGAAUUUCCAGCACAUGAUGAUGUUCUCAGGUUUGCGAGGAGCAAUAGCCUUUGCCUUAGCUAUUCGUAACACAGAAUCUCAACCCAAACAAAUGAUGUUCACCACCACGCUGCUCAUCGUAUUCUUCACUGUCUGGGUAUUUGGAGGAGGAACUACCACCAUGCUCACUUGGCUUCAAAUCAGAGUUGGUGUGGACCUGGAUGAAGAGCUGAAGAAAGAACCCUCUUCACAUGAGGAAGCAAAUGGCCUGGAUAAAAGCACCACAAAAGUAGAGAGUGCGUGGCUCUUCCGAAUGUGGUAUGGCUUUGACCACAAAUACCUGAAACCAAUUUUAACUCACUCUGGCCCUCCGCUGACCACAACAUUACCGGAAUGGUGCAGUCCCAUCUCCAAGCUCCUCACCAGUCCACAGGCCUAUGGGGAGCAUCUAAAAGAGGAUGAUUUGGAGUGCAUUGUCAACCAGGACGAACUCGCCAUGAGUGACCAAGAGCAGGCCUCUUCACCCUGCAGUCCUCCUGCCAGGGCAAGUCUGGACCCGAACACCUCACUGCAGAAAUCCAGCAAGGAAAACAUUUAUGAGGGGGACCUCGGCCUGGGAGGCUAUGGACUCAAGCUGGAACAAACUCCGGGCCAGGAGCAGCGAAAUUAA